AUGACAGCUCUGGGCACCUUUCAAGACAGGCCAUGCUCCUGGCUGCCAGUGCUGCUGCUCCUGGGCUUUGGCCUGAUUCCUGAGGUGACCAGUGAGACCCACUAUCAGCCUGGAGACCCUGUCAUGCUGUAUGUCAACAAGGUGGGCCCUUACCACAACCCCCAGGAGACAUACCACUACUACCAGCUGCCUGUUUGCUGCCCUGAAAAGAUCCGCCACAAGAGCCUCAGCCUGGGUGAGGUGUUGGAUGGUGACCGCAUGGCUGAGUCCAUGUAUCAGAUACGCUUCCGAGAAAAUGUUGAGAAACAGACCCUGUGCCAGAUGCAGCUAACUUUUGCCCAGGUUGAGCAGCUUCGCCAGGCCAUUGAGGAAUUGUACUACUUUGAGUUUGUGGUGGAUGACCUGCCAAUUCGUGGUUUUGUGGGCUACAUGGAGGAGAGUGGUUUCCUUCCACAUAGUCACAAGAUAGGACUCUGGACUCACCUGGAUUUUCACCUUGAGUUCCAUGGGGAUCGAAUUGUCUUUGCCAAUGUCUCAGUUCGUGAUGUCAAGCCCCAUAGCCUGGAUGUGGCACGGCCUGAAGAGCCUCUGGACCUCACUCACACUUAUAGUGUGCACUGGUCCGAGACUUCAGCAGAACGUCGGGGUGAUAGGCGCCAUGGUGAUGAUGGUGGCUUUUUCCCUCGAACACUGGAGAUCCACUGGCUUUCCAUUAUCAACUCUAUGGUGCUGGUGUUUCUACUGGUGGGAUUUGUAGCUGUCAUCCUCAUGCGGGUCCUUCGUAAUGACUUGGCCCGAUACAAUUUGGAUGAGGAGCCAACCUCUGGUAGCUCCACUGAUGACUUUGACCAGGGUGACAAUGGUUGGAAGAUUAUCCAUACUGAUGUUUUCCGCUUUCCCCCAUGUCGUGGUCUACUCUGUGCGGUACUUGGUGUUGGUGCCCAGUUCCUGGCUCUUGGCACUGGCAUCAUCGUCAUGGCACUGCUGGGCAUGUUCAAUGUGCACCGCCAUGGCGCAAUCAACUCAGCAGCCAUCUUGCUGUAUGCUCUGACCUGCUGCAUUGCUGGCUAUGUGUCCAGCCACUUCUACCGGCAGAUUGGAGGUGAGCGCUGGGUCUGGAACAUCAUCCUCACCACCAGCCUCUUCUCUGUGCCUUUCUUCCUGACUUGGAGCGUGGUGAACUCAGUACAUUGGGCCAAUGGAUCAACACAGGCGCUGCCAGCCACUACCAUCCUGCUGCUGCUAACGGUCUGGCUCCUGGUGGGCUUCCCUCUCACUGUCAUAGGUGGCAUCUUUGGUAAGAACAAUGCCACUCCCUUUGAUGCGCCCUGUAGGACCAAGAACAUUGCCCGAGAGAUCCCAGCCCAGCCCUGGUACAAGUCUACUGUUGUCCACAUGACCAUUGGUGGCUUUCUGCCCUUCAGUGCCAUCUCUGUGGAGCUCUACUACAUCUUCGCUACGGUGUGGGGCCGGGAACAGUACACACUUUAUGGCAUCCUCUUCUUUGUCUUCGCCAUCCUGCUGAGUGUGGGCGCCUGCAUCUCCAUUGCACUUACCUACUUCCAGCUCUCUGGAGAGGACUAUCGCUGGUGGUGGCGCUCAGUGCUCAGCGUGGGCUCCACAGGCCUCUUCAUCUUCUUCUACUCUGUCUUCUACUAUGCCCGGCGCUCCAACAUGUCCGGCCCUGUGCAGACUGUGGAGUUCUUUGGCUACUCCUUCCUCACGGCCUACGUCUUCUUCCUCAUGCUGGGCACCAUUUCCUUCUUCUCUUCCCUCAAGUUCAUCCGAUACAUCUAUGUCAACCUCAAGAUGGACUGAGCCGGGAGCCAAGCCCCUUUGCUGCUGGGACGACCUGCUGCCCCUUCCUUAGUCAGGUUGGGGGUGGGUGGGGGUAGGGGUGUCUGUGUGCCUGGCUCUUGGUCUCCUUCCUGCUGUGCUAUUCUCGAGCCUAGCCUCCACCCUUGUGGAAAGGCCCCAUGAGUCUAUAAAUAUCUAUAUAUAGAAGGACUUAUAUAUUAGAAUUUUUAAUUUGCUUUUCAUUUUGGUUUCAAUGGUUUU